AUGUUCUUCUGCACCGACGCGGGGUGCGCCGCGGGAGAGCACUGCGCGCUGCGGCAUGACGAGAAGCGGCGAGAGUGGUGCGCGGAAAACGCAGUGCUGGAGCGGAGCCGCAGCGCCCCCCCGCCGCGCCCGGCCGCCGACGAUUACGAAUCCCCCCCCUGGGAGGAGCCUGCACCGGCACCCCCCCGGAUCGCUCCGCACCAUUUGCGGAGGAGCUGGCCCGGCCGACCGGCGGUGGGGGCGAGUUCACAGCAGACUACGUACGUGUUGAGCCAGCGGGUGUGA